CCAUCAUCAGCCCUGCGACUGACUGACGAGCCGGUCCCGUUUUCCCGCGCGGAGGGCGCCGCACUUUAAUGUUCCGCGUUCCUGGCGUAGGGCCAGUUGCGGAGUGAUGGCCUUUGCCGACGUCUCUGCUUCUUCUUCUUCUUGUUCUGGAUCCCUUCUGUUUUUCUUUUUUUUUUUUUGCGUUCUGCCGCCUCCCGAGUCCAACCAUCCUUGACGAAGACGCACAUGCACUCGAGCUUCCGGAGCGGCGACAAUGGCGACCCAUCAGGCCCCGAACGCAGGCGACUGGGGUCAUCAUGACCACCGCGACGCCCACGCCCCUGAGGUGACGCAGCUCUCGUCGCCCGCGUCCAACCCCCACAACCUGGAGAGAGAAUGGCAGUCGCAAUACCGGCAGACGCGCGCCGGGGAGCACCCGCCGCUGCCGACCGGCGACACCGCCAAGGAGGCCGUCAUCGACAGCGACGACAAGUACGUCGUGCCGACGGAGCUCAAGGCCGAGUACCCGGAGACGACGACGACGGCGACGAGCCCGAAAAUGUCGGUGCCGUGGACGCCCGACUCGGAGCGCAUGCAGCCUGUGCACUCGGACGCGGUGGUGUCGCCCAACACGCCGGCGCACGAUGCCGCGAGUUCGGCACCGGACCCGCCGCCGGGCCCGGAUGCGGAGAAAGGGACGGCCAAGGAAAAGGGAAAGAUUCUGGGAAUGAGCCGCAAGGCGUUCCUCAUCCUGGUUGUGGUGCUCAUCAUUAUCAUUGCGGCCGCCGUUGGGGGUGGCGUUGGCGGUGCGGUCGCGUCGUCGAACAAGUCCAAGUCGGACGCCGAUACGACGCCCAGCUCAUCAUCAGUGGCGCCAUCGUCAACCCCACCCCCAUCCACGACAUCUUCAUCAGCAACCCCGACCAGCACCUCGGGACCGCUGCCCACGCUGCUCACCAACCAGACGUGGCCGGCCGGUCCGAUCCACGCCUUCCAGGGGUAUUCGAGGAACAACUACUCGGGACAGCCGACAAAGGUGGUGACAACCGAGGGCGGCACCGACUUCUCGUUCGACAUCCACAGCUACAUCUGGAUACCAAACAUCAAUAACUGCUGCGUCAACUUUUGCGCCAACAGCACCAAGCAGGGGUACAUUGGGUACCGGUGCCAGGCGACGAACCAGACCCGCGCGUCCGAGUCGGUGGCGCGGGCGUUUAUAUGGUGCCAGGACAAGCGCUCGGACGAUAUUGCCGCGGACAAGGGGUGUUCAUAGUGUGUGCGAAUGGGUUGUGGACUAUGAUACUGUAUGUGCAAGCGAUGUUCUUCAGUCGAGGGAUUGAUCCGAGAUG